AAAAUCACCCGAAAAAAACUAAAUAACAACCAUGACGGGUCGCGAAUCCAAUCGCAUCAAGGACGCUGAGAAGAAGCGUGUCCUGGAUGCCACUGCCCGGCAGAGGCGCGCCCGCAAAGCUCUGGAGGCCCUGGAGCAGGACAACUUCCACGACGAUCCCCACGCCGAUCUGGUCAUGUCAAAGAAGCUGCCCAAAUUCCAGGACAACCUGAAGACGGGCAAGGAGAAGAAGGGCAAGCGCAAGGGCGCCGAGUACUUCCGGGCCAAGUAUCGCAAGAACUUCCAGCAGCUUCUCGAGGAGGACAAGGACAAGCGGCCCAACUACGAGAGUGCCGCCGCGCCGCCUCCCCAAAAGCCCGUGCGGCAUUUCUGCGCCGUCUGCGGCAACUUCUCGCUGUACUCGUGCACCGCCUGCGGAACGCGUUACUGCCGCGUCAGGUGCCUCAAUACGCACCAGGACACGCGAUGCCUCAAGUGGACCGCCUGAAAGUGGUUGUUACGUUAAUAAAUAAAUCAAAUAGAGCUAACUAAAGCAUCA